AUGCCCAAGCGCAAGAGGCCAAGUUACUAUGCAGUUCGAGUCGGUAGGAAGCCCGGCGUGUACGAUAACUGGGAACAAUGCGAAGAACAGGUCUCCAAGUUCUCAAACGCAGCUUUUAAGGGUUUCGACACACUUGACGCCGCUCAAGCAUUUGUUGGCGAUGCCUUAACUCCCGACACCGACCAUAUAGACGAGGAGAGUGAUGAUAAUGAUUCGGCGCGACACGACACUCUCGCGUCCUUGGGGGACUCGACGGGUCUUACAAGCUUCAAGGCCAAAGAUGCCGAAGGGCUAAUGCCGCCGCCCGCAUCGCAGUCUUACUUUGACCAAUUCCCAGACUUCGUGCCCGACAACAACGCGCCUUUCGACGACGAAUUCGGCCGUCUGGCCUCGUCUCAGGGCUUGGCGUCCGGGACCCAGGAGUACAGGAGACAGCGGACCAAGGCGAUCCGCGACGAGUUGAAACUCCACUACUCGACUCAACCCGCGAGGGCCCUGCUGGCCAUACCCGAGCUGGGGAAACGAUCCCUCGACGAGAGGGAAAAGCUCGACAUCUAUCAGAACAUGUGCCGCGAGAUCGGCGUCAACCCGCGCGACACCGUCGGGGCGUGCAGACGGGAGCUUAAGGGGGUUCUGGUCAAUAUUGUCGAUUACAUCGAUGCCCGCCGCGUAGGAACAAAAGUCAAGAUAUGGGCCUGGGAGGACUUCCGUCUGUUCAGUGCGUAUUCUUUGAGAGGCGAUAAACGUAUGGAUAGGAACGAAGCGAAGGCAGACGGGGGAUUCCUGUCGGCUCUCUUGCAGAAGAUAACGGGUCCUGGCCCGGGGGAGAGGGGGUUGGCUUCGCUGGCUGCUGGCAAUGGAAAUGCUAAAAGAAGGAGGACUCGUUAG